CGAACAUCAUCCCCCCCAGACCCCGGUUCAGCCAAGUCGGGCCAGGACGGACGACGACAACAAUCGACGCAAGCAAAGGGCCAGCCAGCAUCCAUCUCUCCACUCGCUCUCUCAUUUUACCCCACACAAAGCUCGAGCCACUUCGUCUAGACGAAUUACUUCUUGCUUGCAGUGUGUUGUUGUCUCUCUGGCACCGGCACCACCAUCAACUCCACACAAACAGAUCAACCAGUGUCACCCGGCUUCGUCACAUUUCCAAAACAGCCGCAUUCCCCAGACGCGCCGCGACGCCCGUCCUUGCUAGUAACCCUUCUCCCCUCACGCGAGCGAGCACAUUAAAGGACGCGACGACACGCUUUAAGCAUUCUCCGCGCCACCCACUACCACCAAGGCCCCCAACGCAGCCACCAUGCGCGUAGCGACACUCCUCGCCGUGCUGUCACUUGCGAGCGCCGCAGUGCCACCACACGAGCAGGAGCCGCUCCACGUACCCGAGCUCAAGAAGAAACGCGAGCUCAAGGGGCGUUUCCUACACAUCACAGACUUCCACCCCGACCCCCACUACAAGAAGGGCACGACGUUCGAGUCGGGUUGCCACCGUAAGGACAAGGAGGGCAAGGGCAAGCUGCGCCUCGACGACGCCGAUGCGGUCGACGCAAACGGCACGCUCCGCAAGGGCGGCGACGACGAUACCGCCGGCAAGUGGGGCUCCCCGCUAUCUGACUGUGACUCGCCCAUGAGCCUUGUCGAGCACACCUUUGACUGGCUCAAGAAGGAGUGGGCCGAGGAGGUCGACUUCAUCAUCUGGACGGGCGACAACUCGAGGCACGACAUUGACCGUGAGAUCCCGCGUACACCAAAGGAGAUCUUCGACUUGAACCGCAUGAUGGCUGCCAAGAUGGUCGAGGUCUUUGGCAAGGACAUGCCCAUCGUCCCCAGUGUCGGCAACAAUGACAUCUACCCCCACAAUGUGCUCUCGCCUGGUCCCAACAGAAUCACCGAGGAGUUUGUCAGGAUCUGGAAGCACUUCAUCCCCAGCGAGGACCGUCACGUUUUCGAGCGUGGCAUGUACUACGCUACAGAGGUCAUUCCCGACCAGCUCGCCGUCAUCUCGCUCAACACGCUCUACUGGUUCGCGUCCAACUCGAUUGUCGAUGGGUGCAGGGACCACUCGAACGACCCCGGUGCCAUGGAGAUGGACUGGCUCGAUGUCCAGCUCCAGCAGUUCCGCGAUCGCGGAAUGCAGGUCUGGCUUACCGGUCACGUCCCGCCCCACCCGGGAUUGUACUAUGACAACUGCUAUCUCCGCUAUGGUGACGUCGCGCUCCGCUUCCAGGACACGAUUGUUGGCCACCUCUUUGGGCACAUGAACGUCGACCACUUCUUCUUCUUGGACGUCGACCAUCUGGAGGAGGGACCGCCCCCUGCCGACCUCAAUGGCCUGACUGGCAACACCACCUCGGGCAGGUUUGACGUCAUCCCCGAGUCGAUCCUUGAGAACAGCUCGCCCGAGGACUUCACGUUCCUCGGCCCCGAGCUCCAACACGGGCCCCACCUGCUCAAGUCUGGUCGCUUCAAGGUCAUGGGCAAGCGUACUCAGUUACUCAAGACUGAGCUGGUCAAGUCAUUCGGCGAGAUUCCCGGCCCGCAAAACGUCAAGCACAAGGACUACACCGUCAUGAACGUUGGCCCGAGUGUCAUCCCUACCUACAUUCCUUCGGCGCGCAUCUACUCGUACAACAUCACUGGUGUCACUCUUGACGACUUUGUGCCUACGCCCUUUGUUCCGCUUCCCCAAGACCCCUCUGACGAGGAUGACGUCGAGAUUGAGAAGAAGAAGGGCAAGAAGUCGUGCAAGCUCCCAGAGAACGAGGACAAGCCCCACUGCACCUUCAAGCGCAAGCCUAGAUACUCUUCGCCCGAGGCGCCCUCGCGCAAGAACAAGCCCCUCAGCCCUCUUGGCUUCGCUCAGUUCUACCUGCCCGACAUUGGCAAGGACACCAAGAAGCCCCCAGAGUGGCAGAUCGAGUACACGACGUACAAGCGCAAGGCCCUCUUCCCCGGCCAGGCCAAGUUGACGCAGCCGCCACCCGUCCCUUACAAGCUGCUGCCGGGUUACUCACCCAAGUUCACCAACUGGACCGAAACGGAGCUGGCCGCCCUAGAGGCUGACGAUGAGACGAUAGAGAACGAGGUCGGCGACGAGGAGCGAGCUGCGUUCAUCACCAAGAUCAAGGGCAUCACGCCCUGGAAGAUGAAGGACCUGACCAUCAACUCCUAUGUCAAGUUUGCCCGCCGGCUAGCCAACGACAAGAAGAUGUGGCAGAAGUUCUUAGACUACAUGUUUGUGCGCACUGGCGCAUGAGCGGACGCAAGAGUGGCGAGGCCCGGACAACUGUACCAGUAGAUUUCCCCAUGAUCCUCAUCCUUCAUAGUUAUGCAUCUUGAUAGCGCAUU